AUGACAGAGGGGAGGAGAUUGAAAUUCAAGGAAGAGAUAGUCUCAACAGUUUCGAAUCCGAUCUCCACAAGGGAAUUACUGACGCGUCUCGCUGAGCUUCAUCAGGAACUAUCCAUUUUGGAGCAAUCACAAAUCGAUUUGGCGUCACUUUCAGUCGUUAAAGAGCAAUUGGUCAACAAAAAGCUUCUGAAAAACACAAAUAGGGGCGUUCAAGCUUUAGUUUGUUGCUGCUUAACAGAUGUUCUAAGAUUAUUUGCUCCAGAUGCUCCUUACAGUAGUUCGACUUUGGCUUCAAUUUUUAGAUUGUUCCUUCAACAGUUCCCUUUUUUGGACGACCAAGAUUCUGUUUACUAUCCUCAUUAUGUUUACAUGCUUGAGAGAAUAGCCGAAGUGAAGUUAAUCGCUUUAAUGACAGACUUGGAUCAUAACGAGAAGUUGAUUGUACGAUUAUUUGAAACCUUUUAUGCACUAACUUCAAACGAAUCUUUUGAUAAAGAAAAAUUACAACCUGCACUGAUUAGUAUACUCAAUGAAGUUAUUAGUGAAGCCAACCAAUUGGAUCUGCGGGUUUUGAAGCUAAUCUUGAACAAGUUUUUGGCAAAUUCAAAGAAUAUGAAAAACCAAUCAAAUAUUAGGGUUCCCGGAUUUGAUUUGAGUUUGGCCCUCUGUGAAAUCAACUCCGACAAAUUGUCGAGGUUGGUUACCUACUUUUUCUCAGAAAUGAUACUUGAAGCAACAAAAAAUGACGAUGCUUAUGACAUGGAUUAUAGUGAAAGCGACGAUUCAGAGGAUAACAAGAAUAACAGCAGAGAUGGACAAGGACCUAUGAUCGAUAUGGUCCAAAUGAAAAAGAUUCACACAUUGGCCGUAGAAUUAUGGAGGUAUGUUCCGGAAAUGCUAACAUCCGUUCUAGGUUUACUCGACAACGAGCUCGAAGCUGAUGAUCCCCUAGUUCGAUCGAUCGCUACUGAUACCAUUAGUAAAAUGCUAGCCAUGCAACCAUCGAGGAUCAAUUUCCCAGCAACGUUUGCCAGCACUUACUUGAAUUGGCUGAAAAAACCUUUUGAUAUCUCAAUAUCCUUGAGGAGGACGUGGAUAAACGGUUCAGCAGAGAUCCUUGAAGCUCGAAAUGAUAUAACCUCCGAUAUCGUUAACGGGUUGUUGAAAACUUUGGUCGAUUCAAAUGAUAAAGUAAGGCUUCAAACCAUAGUUGAGCUAAAAAAAUUGAAGCCAUCAACUUUCCUUGACAAGGUAAUGAAGGAUUCCUUAAUGGAUACUUUGUUCAAACUCAUCCGGGAGAAGCACCAUACGAUUAGAACCGAAAUAAUCAAUUUCUUAUCAACCAUUUAUAAUUAUGCCACCAAGGAGGAAACACACCGUUCCCAUCGUAUGAUCCAGGAUAUUCCAAAUCACAUUCUAAACUUGAUUUACAUUAAUGAUAAUACAAUCAACGCCGAAGUUGACAUAGCAUUGUGUGAAAAAAUACUACCGUUCAGCUCAAAUACCGAGGCUAGAGUUAAUAGGCUAUUGUUUACUUUAUCUGUGUUGAACGACAAGGCCAGGCAAUCAUUUUUAGCCAUUUUGAGGAGACAGCCACAGGUUUCGAAGGUGAUUUUGCAGCUGAUUGCCAUUAUUGAAGAUGAAGAGGAUGAGCAUAAAGAUCAGAAAAUUGGGAAUGCUGUUAAAUGGCUCUCUAAGGGGUUCCCACCGACCUAUAAUCCACAAGAAAGUCUUCAAUCCUUCAUCUCUCUUGAUAAUAAACGAUUUUUCCGUUUGUUGAGGGUAAUCUCUACACCAUCAUCAGAUUAUGAUACUAUAGUUAAUGGAAUGAAAGAAAUUUUAAACAGACUCAGAGACGGAAAACUUUUUGACCAAAAUAAACUUUUUGAAAGUGUAAAGACAGGUGAAAUCUAUAAUACCAUCCAACUACUGAUGCUAAGAAGCUCUAACGUAUUCUUGAAUGUCGACAAUAUAACUGAACUAAUUGAAAUAAAUAAUGAUUCCACCCAUCAAUUCAACCAAGCGGCAAAACUUCUGUUAACUAAUAUUUCCAUAAUAUACCCAGAAAAUCUAUCAUCUAGUAUAAAAGGUAUCGUAGAUAGGUUGGUAGAAAAGGCUAGAAAUAUUGAUUUCUGCGGAACAAGGAUCCAUAGUGAUUGCUGGAAAGAUCUCAAAAUUAUCCAUAAAUUUCUAGAAAAUGGCGACAGGGUAUGUGGGAACAGGGAAUUUUACGACACUCUUUUUGAUUUCUCCAUCAAAGGUACCGUUUUGGAAGCUAAAUAUUCCGUUAAAAUCAUGAACAAGAUGGAAGAAGAAAUAAAGGGUGUCUAUUUUGUUAAAAUGGUCCACCAUGUUUGGCCACUUAAUAUUGGAUCUUCUUUUUUCAAUACGCAUUUAUCAGCUCUUUGUUCCUUGUUUUUAUGUGACCUGAUAUCCGUUGACCACAUUAAGGAGGAACUUAGUGAAUUUUUAGCCAGUGAGGUCCUUCUAAAAAAUCGUUUGAAAGAGGAGGAGAACGAGGAAGCAAAACUAUCGACAUGGAUAAGUGAUGAAGAUCUGAAUUAUAGUAUUGAAAACACAAAUUGCUAUUCCAAGAUCUUGGCCAUGAAAUUGCUGACCAAUUGGUUAAUUUCAAUCAGUGACUAUCCAACCGCAGAAGUAGAACAGAUAGCAAAGCCUAUUUUAAGCAUGUUAUCUUCAUUCAUUAAUAGAGGAGGUGAGAUUGUUUCUACGAACGAUACACCUCCAAGAUUUGCUUCGAGGUUGAGGGUGCAUGCAGGGAUUGAACUGACAAAGCUUUCUCAAUAUCCAUCUUACGAAACAUUGAUUGAUCAACGUAGAAUCAAUAGAUUGAUUUUACUUGUUCAAGAUGUCGAAAUGAAUGUGAGGAAAUUGUUUUUAGAGAAACUCAAGAAGAAGAUAAUCCAAAAUAGGGUUUCCAAAAAGUUUUUACCUCUUAUAUUCUUCACUGCAUUUGAACCGGAGAAGUCUCUCAAAUUAACUACCACUACUUGGAUUACAGCUCUAUUCACAAAAAGGGCGAGUAGUUCAAAUACAGAAGCUCUUAUAUUUGAGAAAUCAUACAUCAGAUUACUCCAUAUGCUUGGAAAUCACCCCGAAUUUAAGGAACUAUUUGGCUCUUACACCGAAGUUGAUGAUUCCCAAGAAGGAACUAAACAUGAUGCUUUCAAAGAAAUGUCAAUGUUCGCUAUAACACACAUAGUGUAUGCUUUAUCUCUUAUUAGCACUUUCGAUAACAUCUCCUUAUUGUAUUAUCUCAGCCAGAGGAUUAAACAAUUUGAAGCUAUCUCAACUAUCGAGGGAGAACACUCUGAUACUGCAAUUUAUUUCAUUUCCGAUUUAUCACAAGCUGCUCUGAAAUACAUUGGGAAAGUCAAAAAUUGGAAUAUAUCGAUUUGGCCUAAUCAGCUCAGUCUACCUAGUGAUCUUUUCUCAAAGUUAAGCAAUGAUAAGGCAAAUGAAAACGUGAAAACCAAUUUUAUUCCCGAUAAAUAUGCCUCUGCUAUAGAUGAGUUGAUCAGAUUAAGGUGGAGAGCAGAACACACCCCUGCAAAGAGCAGAAAAAACAAAAAGAAGCACUCUCAACUGGAGGUGCAAGCCCUUGAGGACGGGGAAGAUAAUACAGGCAAAAGGAAUUUUACCAAAAAACGUAAAAAUUCAGAUGAUGGAGGCAUCCGUUCUUUAAAAGAAGGGGAUCAAGAUUACGUUGAAAAAAGUACAAAGGGCUCAAAAUACAAAGGUGUUAGAAGAAGUAAGAGGUCCAGAAGGGUGGACUACAACGAAGAGACCUAUUAG